GAUGCAUCUUCUAACAAGAACAGCAAUGUGAUUUCAAAAAGGGAUAGCCUUGGAAGUCGCCAACCACAAAAUUUUGAAAGCAACAAAAGAAAUAACUUGUCCAGAUUUUCAGGAAGAUUUCAAGACAAUAAACAGAGACAGCCAAAAAAUUAUGUAACUUGCCAAAAAGAGGAGAGACAGAAAAAAACAGCAUUUGAAAGUGUUAGCAAUAUUUCAAAUGUGGAUGAUGGUAUAACUUAUGAGGCAGAGGUGCAAGACGAGGGUGCAUGUGGUGGCGGUGAUGAAUUCUUUAACAGAAAAUCAGCAUCUGCCAGGAACCUCAAUCACAUGAUCAACUUUCAUUAUGAUGAUUCUCACAGGAGUUCACGGAAACAAGGAUACAGUGGUUACCAUGACAACUAUCGUUAUGGCAACUCCAAGAAAAGUGGCAGUAACAAGUCACAAUGCUAUAAGAAAAAAGGCUUUUUCAACAAGGAAAGAUUUCUGCAGGCCAAUUGUCAGUUUGUGGUGAAGUCCGAUGGUGAUUAUGGCGUGCACUCUGUUGACCCUGAUGCACUGGCUCAAUGGGAGCUCAUACAACAAGUGAAAUUAACAGUGCAUGAAGCUCCUUACUGCCCCAUCUGUUUGUACCCUCCAAAAGCUGCCAAGAUAACUCGAUGUGGGCACAUAUAUUGCUGGCCGUGCAUUCUGCACUACUUGUCCCUGGAUGACAAAUCAUGGAGGAAGUGCCCCAUCUGCUCGGAUGCUGUGCACUCUAAUGAUCUCAAAAGUGUCCAGGCAACAUUGGUGACCAAGUAUGAAGCAGGAAUGCAGAUUACAAUGAAAUUGAUGAAGAAGUUAAGAGGUCAGUUGACCGUUGUACCAAAGUCUCAAUGGAUCCAUAAUGUUGGACAUCUGAGAUCUGUCAGAGAUUUGAAGCAGUCCCUGUAUGCCAAAUUGUUGACAUCUGAUGAUGACUACAUCAGUGAUAUGAUGAUGAAAGAAAGAGUGGAGUUGUUGGAAGUGCUGAACGAAGAGACUGAAAAUAAUUUGGAAUCAUGUUUCAUCAAACUGGCUCUGGAGAAGUUAGAGAAACAGAGAAUGGACUGGAUUGGAUCGUCUUCAUCUCCACCUUGUCUGUUAUCACCCGAACUACCAUCAGAUGCCAAAACCGUUUUAAAAAAGCUUGAUACAUUGAUUAAAAAAGAUGGCGAUGAUGACAUUGGUGCACAAGUCAAUUCACAGUCAUGUGCCAGUGUCAAAUUCUAUGUGUCAGCAUUUGAUGAUGAUGAGGCAGUCGGUGGGCAUGAAUUGGUCGGUGGUAACGAUGCUGGAGAGGAUGAUAAAGAAAGGGAAGAUGAAGAAGACGACAAUGACGAUGAUGCUGGUGGUGGUUUCGUUCUUUCUGCAGCAAUUAAUGAGGAUUAUAAACAUAAAAAAUUAAUUAAAAAUUUUGAUGAUUUAGCAGAAGAUUGCCAAAAUGAUGAUAAUGAUGAAAUUAAAAAUGAUGUCGGUUGUGUUGCCAAAAAGCAGGAUGAGAAAAUGUUGAAGGUGACUGACAGAGUAGAUAAUGAUGAAGAGAGAAAUGUAUUGCACUUUUACCAAGCUGCUGAUGGUCAGCACAUAUACAUGCAUGCACUUAAUGUGAAAUCAUUGAAACAAGACUUUCUCACACUCUCACGAUGUCCUGAUGAAAUUGUUGCCAACAUCUUAGAAGUAGAAGAGAGGUCCAUGGAUGAGUUAUGGAGAGACAGACUUCGCUACCUCAACCACCUGCCACUCUCAUGUGAAUUCAAGUUAGUGGAACUUGAUCUUCGACCUCCAAUUAUUUCGAAAGAUGCUUAUGAUGUGUUUGAGGAAGUGAGGAAAAGUAGGGAGGCAGAGAGGAAGAGAAAGAUGAAGAGGGAUUGCAAGAUGGCAGCACGAAUUCAGAGGGAGGAAAACAGGAAGUUGGGAAUUGAUCCAACUGCACAGAUUGUCAGGUCAGAUUAUAGAAAAGACGUGAGAACGAUGAAAAUAUCAGAAACUUCUUCAUCAUCAUCAGGAAAUGAUCAUCAUGAUAAUGAGUUUAAUGCUGAUGCUGAAUUUUGUGGCCCUGCAAAAGUUGCAGAUGAAGUUAUGAGGCAGAAUAAUAGUCCAAUGUCAUUUGCUCAGAUGAUAAGGAUGGGAAAAACAAAACAGCAGCAACCAUUUGGCACAGCAAAGGCGUCAAUGCAAGAAAAUAGUGACAAACAUGGAAAAACUAACGUGAAAAAUAAAGAUGCCGACGAUGAUGAGUGCGGUGGAGUGAGUUUGGUUCCUGAUUUCAAGGUGACCUGGUGUGAGGGGAUUGAGGAAAAGUUGAGAAACAUGGAAAUGUCAGGCAAGCAGUCAGAUCAUCAUCACUAUGAUCACGAUAGGUGCUCAAACGGAGAAGAUGGUGGAAUGAAGAAAAAUAAGAAGAAAAAGAACAAGCAAACUCUUUUGUUCACCACUAGAGGAGUUGGUCCCAGGUGUUAGUUCUGUCGAGCAGAGUAUCUUUAUGUUGCACCACUGCACUAUCAUGACCACAAUGCAAGGUUGUGUUGGAUCAAUAGGUGCACACAGAACUAAGUUGUGUAUAUAUAUACAUAUACGUUUAUGAUGCAAGUUACGUUUACAUGAUUUUACUUUUUUUUGUUCAUAUAUUUGCCAACUUUAUUCUUUAUUGAAGUCUUGAUGGCGAGUAAAAGUGUGUUUGAUGAUGCAUAUUAUUUUUUAAAGUUUCUUCAACUGAUGUACUUAUAAAAUAAACCGCUAACGGAUUAAAAGUAACAAAAACGGUGUUAAGCUUUGUUGCGUAAACAAAGUGGUGUUUGUAUAAUAUCAAAUUAUUAAUGUUCUAAUUGAAUUUUUUGGUCUUGGCUGAUAAGUUUAAUUUUUUUUAUUUUGAAUUCACUGCAAUUUGAAUAAAAAAUGAUUC